AUGGCGAGUGUGGCGGCGAUCGGAGUCAUGAGGCUACCAUCCUCAUCGUCGUCUUCAACUUCAUCUUCUUCUUCGUCGAAUUCGAGCCGGAGAACUGCUUUCAGGAGUUUGUCCUUCUCGUCUUCCAACCUUUCCGGUGAGAAGGUUCACUCUACAGCACUUACCGGUCGCCGGGAAACUGCUCGUAAUGAGAGAACUCCAAUGGUCGUUUCUCCUAAGGCGGUUUCCGAUUCCAGGAACGCUCAAACUUGUCUUGACCCUGAUGCCAGCAGAAGUGUUCUUGGAAUUAUUCUUGGAGGAGGAGCUGGGACUCGCCUUUACCCACUUACUAAGAAGAGGGCAAAGCCUGCUGUUCCUUUAGGAGCUAACUACAGGCUGAUUGAUAUUCCUGUGAGCAAUUGUUUGAACAGUAACGUAUCGAAGAUUUAUGUUCUCACACAAUUCAACUCUGCAUCUCUCAACCGUCACCUUUCACGGGCUUAUGCGAGCAACAUGGGGGGUUACAAGAAUGAAGGUUUUGUUGAAGUUCUUGCAGCUCAGCAGAGUCCAGAGAACCCCAAUUGGUUCCAGGGCACAGCAGAUGCGGUCAGACAGUAUUUGUGGUUGUUUGAGGAACACAAUAUUUUGGAAUUCCUAGUUCUUGCUGGUGAUCAUUUGUACCGAAUGGAUUAUGAGAGAUUUAUCCAAGCUCACAGGGAAACUGAUGCAGAUAUCACCGUAGCUGCACUGCCAAUGGAUGAAAAACGUGCAACUGCAUUUGGUUUGAUGAAAAUUGAUGAAGAAGGGCGCAUAAUUGAAUUUGCCGAGAAACCCAAAGGAGAACAAUUGAAAGCUAUGAAGGUUGACACGACUAUUUUAGGUCUUGAUGAUGAGAGAGCGAAAGAGAUGCCUUAUAUUGCUAGUAUGGGAAUAUAUGUUGUCAGCAAGAAUGUGAUGAUGGAUCUGCUGAGAGAAAAGUUUCCUGGAGCAAAUGAUUUUGGAAGUGAAGUUAUUCCUGGUGCUACUUCUAUUGGAAUGAGAGUACAAGCUUAUUUAUAUGAUGGCUACUGGGAAGAUAUUGGUACCAUUGAGGCAUUUUAUAAUGCAAAUCUUGGGAUAACUAAAAAGCCAGUGCCAGAUUUCAGCUUCUAUGACCGUUCAUCUCCAAUCUACACUCAACCUCGCUAUUUGCCUCCAUCCAAGAUGCUUGAUGCUGAUGUCACAGAUAGUGUUAUUGGUGAGGGUUGUGUUAUAAAGAAUUGUAAAAUCCACCACUCUGUGAUUGGUCUUCGUUCUUGCAUAUCAGAAGGUGCGAUCAUAGAAGACACAUUAUUAAUGGGAGCAGAUUAUUAUGAGACUGAUGCUGACAGGAGGUUUCUGGCUGCAAAGGGAAGUGUUCCUAUCGGCAUUGGCAAGAAUUCUCAUAUCAAGAGAGCAAUAAUCGACAAGAAUGCUCGGAUCGGGGACAAUGUGAAGAUUGUUAAUGGUGGUGAUGUGCAAGAAGCAGCAAGGGAAACCGAUGGAUAUUUCAUAAAGAGUGGGAUUGUCACAGUAAUCAAGGACGCGUUGAUUCCCAGCGGAACUUGUUGGUGUUUCCAAAUUCGGCCAGUUCGUGCCCCUCUAGCUGGUGGAGCUGGUGCGACAGGUGAUCGCUGCCCAUUUGGCAUUGGAGAUCCUGGCCGAACCGGACCGAGCCGCAAACUCCGACGUUGA